UGUUAAUUUGUUGGUGAGAAAGUGGUAAUAUAAAUUUAUUUAUUUUUGCUUCCUUGAAUAUAGAUAUGCUUCAAUGGCUACUUCUUCAUCAUGUUCCUCGUUGAAACAACACUUCCUUGUGUUUCUCAUUGUAAUAAUAAGCAGCAUUAUUAAUUCACCAGUAAAUGGAUGUUUCACAUCGAUUUUCAGCUUUGGUGAUUCAUUAACUGAUACAGGCAAUUUACUUGAGCUUUCAAUUUCAGAAUCCACCAAACCUCCUCAUUCUGCUUUUCUUCCCUAUGGCUGCACCUUCUUUCACCGUCCCACCGGCCGAUUCUGCGAUGGCCGCUUGGUUAUAGAUUUCCUCGCUGAAGCUUUGGGAUUUUCCUUUUUACCACCAUUUUAUGGAUCUAAAAGUGGAAAAUGGGAGAAAUUCCGACAGGGAGCGAAUUUUGCAGUGGCGGGUGCUACUGCACUGAAUUCGUCGUUUCUUGCUGAACAAGGAAUCCACAGUGUCUCAACCAACAUUUCUUUGGGAGUUGAAGUGAAUUCCUUCAAACAUUUAUUGCCAUCUCUUUGCUCAUCUUCUUCAAAUUGCAAAAAGCUCCUAAGGAAGUCCUUGAUUGUGAUGGGAGAGGUUGGAGGAAAUGAUUACAAUCAUGCAUUCAAGCAAGGGAAAAACAUUGAGAAUAUCCGACGACUUGUCCCUCUUGUUGUUGAUAUCAUAUCUUUAUCAAUCAAGGAGUUGAUCGAGUUAGGGGCAGUGACAUUUUUGGUCCCCGGAAACUUUCCUAUUGGAUGCUCCCCAUCUUUGCUGACAAGUUUUCAUGGUUCAGAAAAGGAUCAAUAUGAUCCCUUAACUGGUUGUCUAACAUGGUUGAACCAAUUCUCUCAACACCACAAUGAAUUACUUCGAAAAGAACUCGAAAAUAUCCGAAACCUUCAUCCCCAAAUCAACAUUAUAUAUGUUGAUUAUUACAAAGCUUCAACACCGUUUUACCAGUCUCCGAAAAACUAUGGAUUUAAAGAAACUUUGAAGGCAUGUUGUGGAAUUGGAGGUCUCUAUAAUUACGAUCCUUUGAUAUAUUGUGGUUAUCCGCCAUUAAAACAAUGCUGCAACGACCCUUCUUCGUAUAUUAGCUGGGAUGGGAUUCAUUUUACAGAAGUUGUCAACAAAUGGCUUGCCCAUACUGUAUUUGAAGAAUUGAUGAACACCAUUCCUAGAUUAGGGAGCUUGUGUCCCUUAUCUACCGUAAACAAACUGAGAAUUCUAUAUCCAAUGUUUGGGGUCUAAACUGUAAUAAGUAUAUAAAUUGUUUGUCGAAUUAAUUCACUCAAGCUUAACUCAAUAAACUCAAUUAACUAAAAAAGUUACAAUUCGAUCAUUAAA